CUGGUGAAGUGUUGAAUAAUGUUAACUGUGAACAAGCAUUGCAUUUUUCAUAACUUCCGCUUCCUCAAAACAAAUGUUCUUUCCGCGACCAUUACCAUGUGCAGGCAAAGAAAUUCCUCUGAAUGCUGUUAUAAUCAUUAUUUGGUUGACAACUCAUGUGUAGAAUGUCCACAUGGGUACUAUGGUGAUAACUGCUCCAAGGAAUGUAAACCACCAUCUUUUGGACAUCUUUGCAGCCAGCAGUGUUCAGAGUUUUGUCCUCCAACAAAAUGUGACUUCGCAACAGGAUGUAGUGUGAAAAUUACAGAACCAACAAUUCAUUCUUCGCCUCCUUUUGACGUAUCAACGGGAUUAGAUAUAACAUGGACCUCUGCACGUUCCACUGAUUUAUCAUCUUUUAAACAACUUUCAUCAAAUUCUCCUACAAUUAGCACAAAAUUGGAGGAAAUUCCAGUACAAAGUACACAAAGUAUCAUUUCACAGACACGGGAUACACCGUACAACUACACCUCAGUGAUAGCCGUGACGGGAGGCGUCAUUGCCUUAUUUCUGGCCAUUCUGGUAAUGCAAAUGUGUUUGAAAAUGCGCUUGAAUAAACAAAAAACUAGAAAAAUGAAUUCUAUAAAAGCAAAUAUAACUGCUGAGCCAGAUGACUUAUAUCAUGAAAUAAACGAUAUGAAUGUUGCAGUAAACGAUCAAAGUUACCUGGAUGUAACAGAACAAAGUAGAAAAGAAAGUGAACUUCGGCAUCUGUACACUGCAAAAUGCAAUUCAUACCAGAAAAUAGACGAUUCCCCGAAAUAUUUGGAACAAUCUGUUGCUAUUCAGCACACCAAUAAUUCUUCGACAGACAGCAGCAACAGUUCAGAUGGAAGUGCUGCCCCUUAUCUAAAGCCUAAGAAACAAUCGAUCAGACACAGCUACAUCGAGGUGACAGAUCUAGAUAUACAUUCCACUCCACAGAAUGAAUCAGUUGUUGAUACACGUACACUCGAUAGGCCACAAAACCGAUCCUCGUCACAAUACGAUGACGUAAUCAAUCCCUGCACUACAAAUGAAUUCAGAGACAUUACGCCUCAUGGUGAUGUAGAUGACACAGACCCUGAUGCUCCUUACUUAGAUGUUGUAAAUUAUGGUCAACAUAGCACUUAUCUCGAUGUUGUUCAUUCUAUAAACAAGAAAUAGAGAAUUCAAUCUUUAA